AUGUCGAACAGAAAACGUCAGAAAACAACAAGGAUCAGUCAAGAGAGUCAAAUUUUAACAGCUACAAAAUUUGAAGCUUUACCAAAUGAGUUGAUAUUAAUGUGUUUUAAUUAUAUUGAUUUCUAUCAAUUAUAUGAAACAUUUUUUUGUUUAAAUCCACGUUUCAACAAAUUAAUUCUAUAUGAUGCAAAAAUUCAUGUUGAUUUUGGUGCAAUUCCAAGUGGAAAAUUUUUAACAUUUUGUUUUAAUUUAAAUCAAUUAACAAAUACAAAUAAAAAUUAUCCAUUAUCAAUUCGAGCUGAUGAUGAAUAUCAAUUUAAUAUAUUUUUCGAAGAUGACUUAUUCAAAGAUAAAUUUUCUAAACUAAAAUCAUUAAUAAUAAAUAAUAUAAAAAUUGCAACAUUAAGUAACAUAAUAUUUGAUGAAAAGAUAAAAUUAAAUGAAACAUUAGAACGAUUAAGUUUAAUGGAAGAUAUCAGUGGAGAAGACUAUGAAAUUCAAGAAUUAUGUAAUAAUUUAAUAUCAUCAAAAAUGAAAUCAUUAAAAUAUUUGAAUUUGAAUUUUGAAAUAUAUGAGUGUGAAUGUGAACAUGAUGUCUACGAACCUAAAGCUUAUGUUGAUUUGAAUUUUGAAGAAUUAUCGAUAAGAGAAAACUCAUUAAAUAAUUUAAAAACAAUUAUUAUUGGUUAUAUUCCUAAAAAUGAUCGUGAUUUUGCAACAACAAGAAUAUCGUUUUAUUCAUUGGCUGAAAAGUUAUUACCUUGUCUACCAAAAUUAAAAAAUUUAAUUAUAAAUUCAGUUUAUUUAGAUCUAUAUGAUUAUCAAUAUUAUAAACGUAAAACAUCGUCAAUUGAAGAAAAAAAAUUUGUUAUUUCAUCAAAUUUAAAAUUAAUUAAAAUUUGGAUCAUUAUGAAUAAAUACAAAAAAGAUGAUAACAAAAAACUUCAAAAGAUGUUACGAAAUUAUUUUUUGAAUAACAAUUCAACAACAAUUAAAAUAUUUACUAUUAACAAUAAAAAUGUUUUAAGAAAAAAAUUUUAG